CGCCCCGACAGACCAGAGAGACCCCCCACGGUCACAGAGAAACCACUGAAGGGGCCCCCCACAACCACCAAGGCAACAACCACAACAACCAAGGGGACCACAACAACCAGGAGGACCACCACCACCACCAAGGGGACAACAACCACCCAGAGCACCGCCAUCAGCCUGACCAGAGCUCCCCCCGUCACCACACCCAGAGUGACCCCCCUCACCAGGCAGUACCUCUGCAAUGUCACCAAGCCGGAGAUGUACCUGGUCCGAGUCGUGAGCUCCAAAGGAUCCUCAUCAGGCUUCAGCGCCGUCAGAGAUCUUCUGAAGAGAGAGUUCAAUCGCUCCGUGGAGCUGCAGUUCCUCAGAACCCCGUCCAGUUUUGCCUUCCGGGUGGUGUCCGGGCCUCUGAUCUUCACCGCGGUGUCGGUGGUUUCGGCGCUCCGCCGGGCCCCCCGCGGCUCCGGACCCGUCCCCUCCGUGGCAACGCUGUUCAGCGAGCCGGACCUCCGGUACCAGGUCCACUCGGUGCUGCAGUUCGUCCCCGAACACGUGGACGUCCGGGUCUGCAGCUUCAGCCAGAGGGUCGAGAGAGGCCUUGUUCUGGCCUACACCGAGACCCGCCGACGCCACCAGGAAGCGGGGAACAUCUCCGUACAGCUGCUGAACAUCACGACGGCCGUCUCUCGGCCCGCGGCGGCGAAGGUUUCUGUCGAAAUUAAGUUUGCGGUGCGAGAUGGGCGGGGCCUCCUGCUGGGGUCGGAGGUCAGCGAACACCUGAGGAAGCUCAGCCCGGUGGAGUUCAGCUUCUACAUCGGGUUCCCCGCGCUGCAGAUCGCUGAGC